GUUUCGCUCGAGCACAUAAAGAAACCCGGGUUCAAGAUCAAGAUCAAGACCAAGCCCGGCGCGCCUCCCGAGCCCGUGCUCACCUCGCCCAGAUCGGUCCACGUGUGCAUGGAAGCGGGCGUCGACCCCUUCACGCUGCUCGAGCGACCGCUGGAGUCGUUCAAGCAGAAGGGGCUGACCGACGACCUGGUCAAGAUGGCGCAUGCGACGCACCUCAAGACCCGCGCCGCCAAGAUCGACGCCCUGCUCAAGGACCGCGCGAAGCUCCCCAUAGGGUUCAAGCCCAACAAGAAGAAGGAUUUCGCCGUCGCGACCAAGCCGAAGAAGGGCGAGUCCGCAGUGGAGGCGGCGAUGAAGCUUCUCGGUGACGAGAAGGGCGUCGAGAAGAUCAAGGAGGCUGCCGCCAAGGUGGAGAAGCAACGGCUCAAGAUGGAGGCUGACCGCAAGAGGUACGAGGCCCUCGAGGAUCAGAUUCAAAGAGAGUACAACGCAAAGAUGGCCGCCGUCAACGCGCGCGCCGCCGCCGUGAAGGACGAGAUGGCCAGGAAGGAACAGCAGAGGCUCGACGACCAGAUCGCCAAGGGCAAGGCCCAGGCAAAAGCUGCGGACAAGUUCGAGGUCGACGAGCGCAAGCACGCGCUGCAGAAGCUCGAGGAGGAGAUGGCCGAGCUCGAGGUGCAGCGUAAGGCGGCUCUGCGGGAGAAGCGCAAGGAGGAGAAACGGGAGAGGGAGCGCGAGCAGGCUGAACUGGAGCGACGCGCGAAGAUGGCGUUGCUCGCUGCGAAGAAGGAACAGGCCAUAGAACACCUCAGGCUGGAGGUUGAGGAGCGCGCGCAACGCCUCGAGGAGUUCCAGUCAGAGCUCACCAGUCUCAGGGCUGAGCGACUGAAGAUGUCCAGGGACGGGCCCAACCUUCCCGACCGCAUCAAGGCUAAUCUCGAGCGUCAACAGGCUGUGCAGGAGCGUCACAAGGAGGAGCUCAUCAUGAUGAGGAUGGCGAAGGACGCGCACGCGGCGGCGGGUCGGGUCACCGCGGACAACAGCGAAAAGAGGGCUGAGCAGGAGAGGAUAUCGGCGGAGAAGCGGGCCCGCGUGCAGGCGCUCGUGGAGGCCAAGACGAGGUCCAAGAUGGAGAAGAUCGAGGCGCACAAGGCCCGUCAGGAGGCGUACGCGGUGAAGCUCGAGAAGGACAGGAAGAAAGAGGCGGCGCGCAAGAAGGUCGAGGAGCAGCUCAAGGUUGCUGAGCGCAUGGAGCGGGUGCAGAACGUGAAGCGAAAGAAGGAAGUGUACCUUGCGAGGCUGAGGGACCAGACCGCCGAGAAGAUGGGCCGCGGCUCGCUCUUCAGCGGCACCAAGAAGGCCAUGGCCAAGGAGAGGUACGACUCCAACUGCGACCGCGCGCUCAAGGAGUCCGUGGCCAAAUUUGAAGCCUCGGAGACCCUGCGGGUGGCCACCAGGGAGCGCUGGCUCGCCGCGGAGAUGGACAAGAAGAGGCUCAACGACGCCAUCGGCAAGAAGCAGACGGCGCAGAAGCCCAAGCCAAAACCGGCGCCGUCGCCCGCGCCCGCCUCCUACAAGCCCACACCCCCGGCUUCCGUGACGGCCUCCCAACAGGUGUCGCAACCCGCGAGCAGGACGGUUUCUCAGGCUCCCUCGGAGGGGAGCAUGGCGAGCUACGCCGCGGCGAAGAAGCUCGAGGAGGCUCCCGCGCCGACGGCGCCGAUCUCGUCCGAUGACCCGACGCCCCCGAUGGAGCCCUCCUCUGGGGAGGAGUUCACGCGCUCGUUCGAGACGGAAGAACUCGAGCCGCCCGUGGUUCCGUCCGCCGAGCCCGAGGGUGAGCGCACGCGCGACACGAUGGACUCCAUCGACGACAGUUUGGAGGUGAUCCACCUUUAAAAUCUAAUUUUAUAUUUGACAGAUCGACGCGUG